CGAACACGCCCACAAUCUGUUUGACGAAAUCCCCCAACGAAACGCCGUCUCCUAUAACUGCCUCAUUUCCGGCUACGCCAAUGCCGGUCAUCCCCAAAAUGCCCUUAACUUGUUCAAAUCGAUGGUCUCUGAUGGUUGCUUGCCUACUCAUUUUACUCUCGCCGCCGCUCUUCGUGCGUGUCAGGAUUGUGCGCCCGACAGGUUUGGAUUUGGGGUUCAGGUUCACGGCUUGCUGGCAAAGACCCAGCAUGCAUCCGAUACUGUUGUGUGCAAUGCGUUGAUUUCGAUGUAUGGGAGCUGUUGCUUGGAGUCUUCGAGCUAUGCACAUUGUGUGUUUGAUGAGAUGUUGACGAAGAAUUUGAUCUCUUGGAAUUCGAUUAUUGGGGUGGAUUCUCGCAGAGGAGACGUUGCUUCUGCGUUUGAGCUUUUCUCGGAAAUGCAGGCGGAGGGUUUUGAGCCGAGCGAGCAUACAUUUGGGAGCCUGAUUAUCUCGACUUAUGAUUGUGGGCCUGGAAAUUUCAUUCUUGAUCAGUUGCUUGCACGGGUCUCAAAGAAUGGGUUUCUGAGCAAUCUCUAUGUGGGCAGUGCUUUGGUCAGUGCGUUUGCUAGGUUCGGAGUGUUUUAUAAAGCAAGAGGAGUUUUCGUACAGAUGAGCGAAAAGAAUGCAGUAUCUAUGAACGGUUUGAUUGUGGGAUUGGUUAAGCAGAAUCAAGGAGAAGAGGCUGUUGAGGUUUUUAGGGAGACCGGGGAUUCAAUUGAGAUAAACUCUGAUUCUUAUGUAGUUCUUCUUAGUGCGAUUUCAGAGUUCAAAGUGCCAGAGGAAGGAAGGAGGAUGGGGAGAGAAGUUCAUGGGUUUUUGAUUAGGACCGGUUUGAUUGGAAUUAAGGUUGCAAUUGAGAAUGGGUUGGUUAACAUGUACGCAAAAUGUUGUGCUAUUGAAGAAGCAUGUUGGAUUUUUGAACAUAUGCGUGUAAGGGAUCAGAUUUCCUGGAGUUCAAUUAUAUCGGGUCUCGAUCAAAAUGGAAUUUUUGAAGAGGCAUUACUGAGAUUUGGCGAUAUGCUCAGAACCGGCAUCGUGCCUUCAAAAUUUACAUUAAUCAGCUCAUUGAGUUCCUCUGCAGGCUUGGGUCUCUUAAGUUCUGGAACACAAGUACACGCUGUUGCUAUGAAAUUUGGUCUUGACUUGGAUGUUUCUGUGGCAAAUUCGCUUCUUAAACUGUAUGGUGAAUGUGGAAGUAAUUUAGAUUGCUGGAAGGUAUUCAAUUCUAUGUCUGAUUAUGACCUAGUUUCAUGGAAUUCUAUGAUUGGUUUGUUAGCCAAAUCUGAGGAAUCCUUGGAUCGAUCGGUUGGGGUUUUCUUAGAUAUGAUGAGACGUGGAUGGACGCCAAACAAAGUAACACUCAUAAACGUUCUCUCUGCUUUAUCUCCGCUUUCGGUUCUUGAAUUAGGCAAGCAAGUUCAUGCUCUAGUGCUGAAACGUUCAAUUUCAGAUAAUAAUACCAUCGAUAAUGCCCUAAUUUCUUGCUAUGCGAAGUCGGGCGAUAUGGACUCCAGCGAGCAAAUCUUUACAAGAAUGUAUAAUAGGAGAGACGGUAUGUCAUGGAAUUCUAUGCUUGCAGGCUAUGUUCAGAAUGGUCUUCUGUCUAAAGCCAUGGAUUUUCUCUGGUUCAUGAUGCAAAAUGAUCAAAAUAUGGAUUCAUUCACAUUUGCAACUGUUAUAAGUGCUUGUGCCUCAAUAGCGACAUUAAAUCGUGGGAUGGAAAUCCAUGCUUUUAGACUACGGUCUCAGUUAGAAUCAGAUGUUGUUGUCGAUAGUGCUCUUGUUGACAUGUACUCAAAAUGUGGAAGAAUAGAUUAUGCCUCCAAGGCUUUCAGAUUGAUGCCUGUGAAGAACGAGUUCUCUUGGAAUUCUAUGAUCUCGGGCUAUGCUAGACAUGGGCAUGGUGAAAAAGCCCUAGAGCUUUUCAAGGAGAUGCAGAGAACCAAGCAAAAACCUGAUCAUGUGACGUUUGUUGGGGUUUUACAUGCUUGUAGCCAUUCUGGGUUGGUGGAAAAAGGACUGGAGUAUUUUGAAUCUAUGAGCAAGAACUAUGGAUUGGUUCCUCGUAUGGAGCAUUAUUCUUGUGUUGUAGAUAUCUUGGGACGAGCGGGCGAGCUCAACAAGAUGGAAGAUUUCAUUAGAAGAAUGCCAAUGAGCCCUAAUAUUCUUAUUUGGAGAACAGUAUUAGUUGCUUGCUGUAGAUCGAAAGAUGGUGCGAAAAGCAAUUUGGGGGAAAAAGCUUCUCAGAUGCUUGUAGAACUCGAACCUCAGAAUCCAGUAAAUUAUAUACUCUCUUCUAAUCUAUAUGCAUUGAGAGGGAGUUGGGAAAAUGUAGCAAAAUCUCGAGCUGCAAUGAGAGGAGUAACAACAAAAAAGGAAGCAGGAUGCAGUUGGGUCAAUUUAAGGGAUGGAGUUCAUGUUUUUAUGGCUGGAGAUAGAUUGCAUUCUGAUACAGAAGAGAUAUAUGCAAAACUACGACUUUUGAAUCAAAAGAUGAAGGAUUUGGGUUAUGUUCCUAAGACAGAUUUUGCUUUAUAUGAUCUCGAAGUAGAAAACAAAGAGGAGUUGUUGAGUUACCAUAGUGAGAAGCUAGCAGUCGCAUUUGUUCUUACCCGCUCUUCAGGAAGGAUGCCGAUAAGAAUCAUGAAGAAUCUUAGGGUUUGUGGGGAUUGUCACUCGGCGUUUGGAUACAUUUCUAAGAUUGUUGAACGGCAGAUAAUUUUAAGGGAUAGUAAUAGGUUUCAUCAUUUUGAAGAUGGAAAAUGUUCCUGUGGGGAUUACUGAUGAUCUUGUCCAGUUUAAUUAUUGUGCAACUUUUGCUGAGAACAAGAGCAGCUGGUUCUUAUUCUUCUGUAUAGGUACUGAUCUUGACCAAUAGAACUGUAUUGGUACUUUUCAUUUCAUGUUUAAAUAACACAGUUCGUUAAGAUAUCUGA